AUGUUUAGGAACAAACUUGCGAGCCAAAAUAUAACACUGAAAUCAGCAUUUGAUGCAUUGUUAAAAUGCAAUAAAGAUAUAUAUCCUAAUAUUCAUUUUUUAUUUAAAAUUUUAUGUACCUUGCCAGUUUCUACAGUUUGUCCGGAACGGUCAUUUUCAAGUUUAAAAAGGAUUAAAUCAUAUCUACGCAACACAAUAUCUGAAAAGAGGCUAAAUGGUUUAGCAAUGUUAAGCAUUCAUCGCGAUAUUGAAAUUAAUGUAGACGAAGUGUUGAAUGAAAUGUCUCAAAAACCAAGACGAAUGACUAUUAUUUUGUGA